ACUUACCUUACCUACUCAGUCAAUAAAAAUACAGACUGUUAUUCUAUUGCAAAAGCUUUCUCUACUUUACUGCAGUUAUAAAUAAGUGUUAGCUUUAAAUUGCUCCGCAAUAUGGAAUACCCUAACUAUACUGAUGAUUCUCGAAUGUUAUCUGUGGAUUUUGAAGUCCUUGGACUUGUACAUGGCGUGUUCUUCAGAAAGUACGUCCUACAGGCGGCGAAUAAGCUAGGGGUCACGGGUUGGGUAAAGAAGACGCCUACCGGAAGUGUCGCAGGUACCAUCCAGGGGAACAAGGCGGGGGUCGCCCUCAUGAAAGAUUGGCUAUAUAAAGAAGGGAGUCCACGGUGCCUGAUUCAGGGUUGUGUGUUCAGAAACGAACACGAACUCAUCAACUUGGAUUUCCCGCAGUUCACUAUUUCCCCCAGUGACUGGUGAUGGCCAUACGUCGAAAUCAAACAUUUACCCUACAGUAUUGUUUUUCUAAGUGUCUUCAUGCAACUUUUUAUGUUUACCUUAAUAAAAGAGAAAAAAAAUA